AUGGAUAAAGUGACACAAAAUAUCACUUCAUGGGUUGAAGAAUCAGAAAAUUUAGAUUGUUUAUAUGAUACAGAUGAUUCGGCCGAUGAUCCUGAUUUUGUUCAGCCUGAUAUACAAGAACAAUGUGAAAGUGAGUCUGAUUUUUCUGAUACAGAAUUUAUCGCAAAUAAAACAUUGAAUACGCGUAAUAGACCAAGUACAUCUCGUAGAUCUCGUUCUAGAAGCCCUUUGUCGGAUAAAACUUCUCAACCCACCUAUUAUUUAGGUAAGGAUAAUAUUACGAAGUGGAAUAUUGACGGSCCACCUUUGAAUGUACGUACUCGCUCACAUAAUAUAAUUUUACAUUUGCCUGGGGUAAAGCGGUAUGCGAAAGACGCCAAGUCUAUAGUUGAUUGUUGGAGUUUGUUUUUUCCCGAUACGGUUAUAGAAGAAAUUGUAAAUUGUACAAAUAUCUAUUUAGCUAAAAUCAGAAUCAAUUAUCAGAGAGAAAAAGACGUACUCGACACUAAUAUUAUUGAAAUAAAAGCGCUCUUUGGUCUCUUAUACCUAGCAGGUUAUCUUCGAAGUAAUCAUUUGAAUCUAAAAGACUUAUGGUCAAAUGAUGGCUUUGCUCCAGAAUACUUUCGUGCAGUUAUGCCUGAAAAACGUUUUUACUUGUUAUUACGUGCGCUUAGGUUUGAUGAUUUUCGCACGAGAAAAGAAAGGUUAUCGAUAGACAAGCUAGCUGCAAUUCGAUCCGUAUUCGAUGAUUUUGUAAAACGGUGUCAGKACUGCUAUACUAUAGGUGAAAAUGCUACGAUAGACGAAAUGCUAGAAGGAUUUAGAGGGAGAUGCAAUUUCAGACAAUAUAUCCCCAAUAAACCGAACAAGUAUGGGAUAAAAAUCCAAGCGCUAGUCGACUCAAAAACGUUUUACACUUGUAAUAUGGAGGUAUAUGUCGGGACGCAACCAGAUGGCCCUUUCAAGUUUGAAAACAGCCCAUCAAGUGUUGUGAAAAGGCUGAUUUCACCGAUAUCGAAAACGGGACGAAACGUCACAAUGGAUAAUUGGUAUAACUCCAUACCACUGGCGACUAAGUUGUUGAAAACUCAUAAGCUUACUGUAGUUGGGACUCUACGAAAAAACAAAAGAGAAAUACCAACUUGUUUUUUGGAUACAAAAAAAAGGACUGUAAACUCAACCAUUUUUGGCUACGGAAAAGAUAUAUUACUUACUUCAUACGUCCCAAAAAAAAACAAAAAUGUCCUUAUGAUAUCCACUAUGCAUGAACAUGGAAUUAUAGAUUCUGAAUCCGGAGACCAGAAGAAGCCAGAAGUAAUUACAUACUAUAAUUCCACAAAAGGUGGCGUUGAUGUGGUUGACGAGCUCAAGGGGGAACAGACUAUUAUGAAACUGACUGAUCAGGUAGAAAAACCCACGGUAGCACCGACUCCUGAAUCUAGUGAUCGCCCAAAAUGUAGAUUUUGUCCGAAAAGAAAAAAUCGUAAAACUAUGGUACGUUGUGAAAUGUGUAAUGUUCCUAUUUGUAAGGAACAUACAGUAGCAACAUGCACGUCUUGUGGUAAGAAUAAUGAAAUCGAGUCUGAUAGUGAAUAA